AUGGUUCGGACGCGAGUUUUUCAGGAAGACAUUUUAGGAACCGGCAAUAUCAAAAAUAUUGAUGUUAACGAUACCGAAGAGGAGGCAGAGGAUAUGGAGGAAGAGGAGGAAAAGGAAGCGGUGAAGGAGGAAGAGGAGAAGGAGGAAGAGGAGAAGGAGGAAGAGGAGAAGGAGGAAGAAGAGAAGGAGGAAGAAGAGAAGGAGGAAGAAGAGGAGACUGUACAGGGUGACGAGGCGGUUAUUCAAGGCACAUCUACAUUUUAUUUUGACAUUGAAUUUCAGACGAAACAAAGUACUUUGAAUAAUGGUGAAUUAUAUGUGGCCAAUUUGAUCGAGUUCUUUAAAUCAUUUAUACAACAAUUAUUACAAAUUGAAGUUGCAAAAAUUGAUAGAUUAGUAUUAGACGCUUCAGAUGCUAUGAAAUUCAGCAAACAUAUUAUUUUUCACAUGUAUGAGAUCUAG